AAUAAAAAAAGGGAAGGAAAAAUCAGAAGGGGAUAACAAAACCCUCUCUUCCAGCGACACCAGAGAGUUCUUCAAGAAGCGAAAAAAUGGCGGUCUCUUCAGGGAUUCUCUCCACCUUUCUCUGCUCUGAACCGGCGCCGUUUUUCUCCAACUCAUCUCCUUCCUCACUCCGUCUCUUCCCUUCUCUAUCUCUUCCUCCUGCUAACCUACAAAUGGCUCGCACGGUCACAUACGCCACGGCUUCCAAGCCGGCUACCGGAAAGCGGGAGCCACGUGGCAUAAUGAAGCCGCGCCGCGUCUCACCUGAAAUGCAGGCUCUUGUCGGUGUCCCUGAGAUUCCACGAACUCAAGUUCUUAAACUGAUUUGGGCCUAUAUCAAGGAGAACAAUCUACAGGUCUGUCUUCCUUCCUCGGAUACUUUUUGCUUUUUAAGUAGUUAUGGUUCUCGGAAAUUUCUGGCGUUUUUAGGGUUUUUGUGGUUUUCUUUCGAGUCUGUGACUGAUGAAUAGCUGUUUGGACAUGAU